AGGUCGUACUACAAAUGCUCUUUGAGCUCACAAACAUACUUGGGCCUCAAAUACUCGUGGGAUUGAAUAGGCUCAACUUCAUACUCAAUCAGAUGAUCACAAGUCCAUAUUUACUAGAGACAAGCCCAUUGACAGUACAGAAGGUUCUAGAGUUACAAUACACCAUUCUAAGUGCAUUUGAUGAGGCAGAGACAGAGGCAAAACAACUUGUUUUUGAGUACAGGUUCGACCUUCUUGCAGCGUGGUCAGUAUUGCUGCGUCGCUCAGAGACAAACGUAUCGAAGCAAAUGGAGAAGUUGGGUGAGAUAUCUAGAGAGUUGAACUGUGAGUUGGAGAUAAUCUAGAGUGUCUCUUAAAGCACAACCAGAAGCAUAACUUUAUAGAAGCGGGAGGUCUCGGCUUUUAGCUUUUGUGUUCACCUUGGCCAGUUAUACAUAGCAUAAUAGCAUAAUAUUUAUUAUUC